AUGAAGCAGGAUACGGCCCCCCAGUACGAGAGCUUCGUCAACCCGAGUGACCUGCUCAAAUGGGUUGAAGAGCAGCCUGAAGAGUCAUGGACUUCUAUCGCGCAAGAUGUGUUUGAUCAUCUCCUCUCUCUGGCCGCCCAGCCCAAGGGCGUCUCGGGCAACUCCUGCGUGAAGCUCUGCGGGUUUGUCGAACAGAGCUCAAAGUCGGACAAGCCGGCGCUGCGGCAAUGGGCCUUCUCCCAAGAGCCCAGCCUGCGGCUGUUCAACUUCUACAUCAAGUGGAAUGAGACGGAGCAGCACCGGUCCAUGAAGCUGGUCCUGGACCUGCUGCCCUCGCUCAUCCGCCGCAACCCGGACCCGGCCGCCGCCGAGACCGUCAAGACGACCGUCCUCGACACCCUCAUCUCCAUCAUCGGGCCGCAGUCCACCAAGCCCCUGCUCAAGUCGUCGCUCAAGGCCAUGGACCACUUUGCGUCCAAGUCCGUCUUCACCGUCGACGACAUCGCCGCGAGCUACCGGCGCACGCAGCCGUCGUGCAGCUGGGCGUCCGCCAUUGGGCUGUGGCAGGACUUCUUCGGCCAGAUGCUCGACUGGAUGACCAUGCACUACGUCUGCCCCACCGCGGGCAAGUUCAUCGUCACUAUUUUCAGGGCGCUGCGGCAGCGAUCGCUGAAGAGCCCGCAAGCCGUCGCCGCCGAGGAGCAGUUCAGCGUCGAGACGUGGCUCCGCUGGGUGCAGGCCGCCAUCUCCAAGACGCCGUCUCUCCUGGAGGGCAUCAAGACGUACGUCUUUCUCCCGCUGUUCAGGGACGAACGAAAAGACUCGGUCCAGAUCCUGGAGCAGAUCAACAGCAUGUGGUCUGCAUCUGGCUCGGCGGUAGCCGAGCUGGACACGUUGGCCCAGCUAAACCUCGCCGUUCUCGAAGUCGGCAAGAAGGUCGGCAUGGUCGAGGAGCCCGGUGCCAUCUACAGAGAGGAGUCCUCCUCGGUGAUCCUGGAAGAUGGCGUGCUCGAGAGGGUACUCUCUCACCCUUCCCACGAGCUCCGCUCGCUAGCGCUGUCGCUCAUUGUCGCCUCUCCCUCCACGACAAGGCCGUAUUCCCCGGUUGCUCUUCGUCUUUUGCAGGCCCACCUACCAACGUAUUUCUCAGAAUCGGACGCCAAGUUCCGCAUGGAGGUGCUGAGCAAGCUGAAGGACAUGUUCAAGCGGAACAGAGGCGCCAUCUUCAUCCUCACCAAGAGCUUGGCCCGCCUCAAGGCCUUCGACGGUGCGGCCGCCGCAGCAAAUGGCGCGCCGAAACCCGCGCCCAAGGCACCGAAGCAGGCAAACCACCGGACCAAUAUUCUGUUCUGGCCCGAGGACAAGCUACGGGAGAGCCUGAAGCAGCACGAAGAGUUCCUGGCAUGGUACGUUGGCUUCCUGCGAUCCGAGUUGAUCCCCACCGCGUCGUUCCAGCGCCACUUCACGUCUCUGCGGGCAGUUGCCUUCAUCCUCAAGCUCGAGGCCGACCUCGCCAAGACCUGGGAGACAGAGGACGACGACGUUCUUUUCUUCAACCUUUUUGACGACAGAUGGACGCGCACGCUUCUGGACCUAAUCAUGGACCCCUUUGACGACGUCCGAGAAAACGGCACGAGCGUCCUGAAGAGCCUGUUCGCCGAUGAGCGCUUCAAGUGCCUCGUUGGCACGCAGGGUGUGUCGCACACCCUUGAGGAGUUCUUGUCGAGAGCCGAGGACAUCGCAAGGAGGACUGCCCGCGCCGACCACGCCGACGGCGUUGCCCGGACGAACGAGCUGCUUUUCAGGUUCUACGACGGCAGGAACGCGCAGAUUGCGCACAUUUCCAAGUUGGUGGACCUUCUCGAGAGCAAGCUUACGCUCGCCGAGGCCGAUUUGGGCAACGCCGUCCUGGAGGCUCCCGUCCACGGCUACUUCGCGUCUCUUCGCUACAUUUGGCAAGCCACUGCCGAUAUGAACUUCACUCAGUCCGAGCUCGAAUUGAUGACAUCACUCCAAGGCCGCAUCGUCAUGUGUUGCCGACGGAUUUGGGCCGCAGUCAGGGACAUCCUUUGUGACGACUCACCCGAAGGUCACCUGCCGCAGGAGCUCGAGGACCUCGAAGGUCUCGAUACCAAGGAUUUGCUGAGCUACAGCUUCCGCGCCAUCCACGAGUCUAGUGCCUUGAUGCGCGUCAUGGUCCUGUCGCUCAAGACCAAGGCCAAGGAGGGGACCCUGCGUCCCUCGACGGAACUCUUCACGGCCGUCGGUUCGUUGACCUUUGACCAGCUUUCCAGCCUGCGGCACCGCGGUGCCUUCAACACCGUUUCCCUCUCGUUCGCGACCUGCUGCCAGCUGGUCAAGCACCUAGAAGACCCGAAGGCCGGUCACGGCGGUGACGAAACUCUCCUCGACAUCUGGUACAAGGGAACCAAGGAGUGCAUCUUCGCCCAGGCGUCCACCACGCGACGCUCCGCCGGCAUCCCGGCCAUGAUCACGGGCAUCGUCUCCGCCAACGCGCCCCAGCCGUCGUUCGACAAGGUCAUCGAGGAACUCGUGACGAUCGCGCAGAAGCCUGCCUACAAUUCCGAGUCGGACGGGUCCAAGCUGCCCCAGGUCCACGCCCUCAACUGCCUCAAGGACAUGUUCAAGAGCUCCUUCAUCACCCAGCUCGGCAAGUCCGCGCCUCACAUCCCGCGGUGCCUCGAGCUCGCGGCCAGCAGUCUCAAGUCGGAAGUCUGGGGCAUCCGCAACUGCGGCCUCCUCUUCCUCCGCUCCCUCCUCGACAACCUCUUCGGCACCAACGAGAGCAAGGCCACCCUCGAGGCCGGGUGGGACGGCAAGACGACACGCCUGCAGUACCACAAGUACCCCGUCCUGCCCGGCGUCCUCCUGAACCUCCUCCGGUCCGGCCGCGAGGUCAUGAAGCCCACCACCCUCGGCAGCACCAUUGCCGCCGAGUCCGUCUUCCCGGCCCUCGACAUUCUCCGUCGCGCCGGCCCGCCCGACGCCUCGCGUGAUGAGCUCUACGGCCUCGUCGCCGGCUACCUCGCCAGCCCCGUCUGGCACGUCCGCGAGAUGGCUGCCCGCGCGCUUUGCUCGUUCCUGCUCAAGGACGACGACUGGGUCGCCGCCGCAGCCGCCAUCGUCGACGACGCGCUGGCCGCCGCGCCCGCGAGCAGGAACAACCACAUCCACGGCGCGCUGCUGACCGUAAAGGCCGUCUUCGAGCGGCUCUCGGACGUCGCCCCGCAGAAGCUGUCGUCCGCCGUCCCGCGCCUGACCCGGAUCCUCUCCAAGAUCGAGGCCGGCGACCCGGGGGCCUUUGAGCAUUGCCCCGACAUCCGCGCCGCCCACCUCGAGGUCGAGAACCUCGUCUCCCUCUUCGCCCUCUCCCACCCGAUGCCCGAGCCCGCCGCGCACCUCUCCACCGCCCCCGAGUCCAUCUCGCGGCCCCCGCAGAGCGCCCUCCUCCGUACCCAGCUCGCCGUCGCCGCCGUCCACGCGACGCAGCCCGCCGCCUCCGCCGCCUCCGCCGCCUCCGCGUCCCUCCGCGAGAUCCUCCUGUCGACGAACGCCGCCAGCGUCGAGGCCACGAUCACGACGCUCGAGACCCUUGCCGCGGUCCACCACCCGCGCCUUGCCCCCGAGGCAGCGGCGUCCUACGCCGCGCUGUACACCGACCUGGCCCUCUCGACAGCGCACCCGGACCCGCGCGCAGCGGCCCUCAACAACCUCGCCGAGGUCCUCGACCUCGUCCUCGCCUCCGCGGGCCCCGCCGCCAAGCAACCCCCCGCCGGCCUCCCGCCCGCGGAGAAGCUCGCCGGGCUCUGGCAGGACCUCGUCUCCAAGACGAUGAACCCCAACCUCUCCAACGCCGUCGUCCGCGCCAGCGGCCCAAUCAUGGCGGCCCUCGCGGCCUCGCCGUCCGCGGACAAUGCGGCGCCCGCGCGCGCCCUUCGCGGCUGGGGCCGGAUGAUGUCCUCGGCCCUCCUCGACUCCCGCCCCUUCGACACCCGCAUCGCCGCGACGGCGUCUCUCGCCUCCUUCUUCGCCUCCUCAGCCGCCGCCGCCGACGACCCCGACGACGCCGCCCGCCUCCCCGCCCUGGUCGCCCUCUACGACGCCCUCAACGACGACGACGACGAGGUCCGCGACCUGGCCUCCGUCUCCGCGGGCCGCGUCCUCGCCCGGCCCCUCGCCGCCCUCGACGCCGCCCCGCUCCUGCUCGCCCGCAUCGCCCGCGACUACCGCGACGCCCCCGCCUUCCACGCCCUCCUGGCCUCCCGCCUCGCGGGCCACAGCGGCGACGACGCGUGGGAGCCCGCGGAGGCGCAGCUCGCGACCGCCCUCCGCUUCGACGACUCCCUCUUCGUGGUCGAGGAGCAGAACCUCUUCAUCGACGAGGUCCGCGAGUCGACCCGCUGGGCCGCCGUCCUCGAGGACGUCUUCUCUCCCUCAUCCUCCUCCUCAUCCUCCUCCUCCUCCUCUUCCACUCCUGCGUCGUCUUCUUCCGCCACCGCCACCACCACGGCCCUGACGCAGUGGACGUCCUCCGGCCUCGACGCCCUCCUGGGCCUCGUCUCCCCCGACGAUGCCGUCGACGGGCCCCUCGGCUGGGCCUCAGACCCCCAGGUCUACGCUGUCUGCGCCCGCGUCCUCGUCUGCGCCGCCGCGCUGACACGGACGGGCGCCGCCGACGCAGAGCUGCUGCAGAGCAAGCUGGAGCGGUUCCGGCGCGCGGGUCGGCGCGGCCGUCUGCACGGGCUACUGCUCGACUUGGCGGCCGUCUAG